ACAGAGAUUCGCAACUGAUGUGGAGUCGGACGCGCAAGAAAAGUAACUUCAUACAAAGUUUAGCACAAGUUGAAAGCUCUUGCGAUGGCUUUGUGAUGAAAACAUAUUCAUGUACACGUAUGUACAUGUAGGUUGACAAAGUCUUGACCUGCACUGUGGCAACAAGAUAGGCUCUGGCUACCCCUGUGCGUGGUCCUUUGCUCGUCCGUUGCACCAAUGUGUGCGUACAACGUAGGGCCUUAGACAACAGCCCUAUAUGUUCCGCAAGAAGAAAAAAGAGCGCUCGGACCCCAAAGAGGCAGCCAUCGCAGCGGCAUUGGAAGCGGCCAUCGAUACGGAACAUCCACCGCGACGACAGGGAAGUCGCGAGUCCGCAGUGCAGACGUCACAUCGCGGUAUACCGGUCGGCAACAGUCAGUCUGCGAACAAUAAGUCUCAGGGAAAUACAGCCAUGGUGCACAGUAACCAUCCAGAGACUCACAUGGUCAUGAACAACCCACUCUUUACUGAUCCUGCUUCAGGAUUGCCAGGCCAUCAUAUGUCAGUGGAGUUGAGCGUUGACUUUUCGGUACGCUACGUGGGCAUGAUUCACAACGCACAGGGUCUGCAGCAUUCCGAGGAAGAUGAGGUGGAUCUGGUCAAUGCCCUAGACCAGGCACAGAGAGAGGCUCAGUUCAAGCAUGCUGAUAACCAGAGGGACCGUGUCUAUCUCAAUCUGUCCAAGUAUGGUGUGAAAAUCAUCGAAGCCUACUCCCCAGCACCCCAGAUUGUUCGCUGGAGAUUUGGCUUGAUUGAGGUGAUUCGUCUGGUGCACUUUGAAGACUCUACGGGCAGCCAGCUGCUGGCCAUGAAAAUGGGUAAAGAAGGAGAGGACACGUACGACUGUCUGCUCUUCCAGUGUGAACACCAGGGUCAGGCAAAGCAGAUUUGUCAGUUACUUGGAGUCCUCUUUGAUGCCGUCUGCCAAGAUCCCAGUCUUCAGCCACUAUGAGCACACCCCCCAUUCCUUGUUUAUUUGUACACCUAGAAGGCCAAAGAAGACUUCACCAUGAAGGCAACUACUUUACCACACAGAAGUUAGAGUUGUACGUAGUCGAGUCCAUCACAAGUCCAUCACAAGUUUGCAAGUCAAGUAACAAGUUACAGCUGCGCAGUUUUGAGUUAUUUAGUAUUUGAUUAUUCCAUCUGGGACUGGAUAUUAAGAUGAUAAUAUUCAAGUAUUCAAAUAUUUGAGUAUUCUAUUUCAAAAUGAUUUCAAAAUGCGCUGAUCAUGUUCAGCAUGCGCCAGCCAAAACUGGACGCCCAUCAGGAUUUGUGUUCACCUGCGCUUGUCAAAAAUUGACAAAUAGUUUAUUAAAACUUAUAUAGAGAACCGGUAUUGUCGGCUGUUGGACCGAUUUUAACCCUAACUCCCUAGGCCUUUUUGCUAGGAUGUAGCCUCAAUUCUGCAAAAUCCUCCAGUUGGCCUCAUGGAAAAAUAGCAUAUAGCCUCAAUCCUGCAAAUUCCUCCAUUAUUUCUUGAAUAUGGUCCGUGGAGGGGUGACCACUGCCUGAAUCCUGCAAAAUCCUGCAGCAGUGACUGUCAAAAUGUUGAGGCUUGGCCAGUGACAUCCUGGAGCAGAACGGAGGAUUUCAAGCAUAAUCCAGGCCUAUAUUUAUGCAUGGCUGAGCAAAAACAACUCAAGGUCUGACCCAAGACCUUGACAAAGUGCAUCCUACGAAAUCAGUGACGCACUUUUGCCGUGUAACCUCAAUCCUCCAAAUUCCUCCACUUUGGCAAGGAGGAUUUUGGGCGGUUGGGGUCAAAGAAGAAGUUUGAGCUUAUAGUCUCCAUGGAAGCUCUCCAAAUCAUAGCGGCUUUCAACAAAAUUGCGGCAUUUGACAAACUAUAAAACCACACAACUUGAACGUUUUGUCAUCACCUCCUAGAGACCGCUUACAUUUUUGCAAUAUUUAAAUCAAAAAGAAAAAUAUGCCAGUCAGAUAUUUGGUUCAUGUUGGAAUAUUUGAAUAUUCGGCAGAGCCUGAUAACAAAUGGCGGGAAUUAUGAAGCGAGUUGUGACUGGACUUGCGAUGAACGUGCGGUGGACCUCUCUACAACACUGACAGAACAUCUCUUAGAUUUCUAAGAGAUGUGGUUAACACUUUGUGUUGUACAUUUAUAAUGUAGCUUUGUCGUAUUUAUAUCUUUUAUAUUAUUACCGACAGAAAUAUAUGUCAGUACUUAGUUUACUAUGCUUUUUUUUGAUGCAAGGAUUUUGUGAUCAGCACUGUGUGCUUAGUGCCUUUUAGAGCUGGGGAGGGGAGGGGGAACAUAGGCUUACUUGGGUGGGAUUUGAACCCACAACCUCCUGGGCCAACCUUCAGAGAGCUGCUCGUUACAACAGAUUGCAAAGCAGAGAAAAUAGUAGGGCUGUCAAUUUUUGAAUAAUUUCGUAUUCCCUUACUCGAAACUGCGUUCGACCGAAUAUUCGGAUAUUAGGAAGUGCCAGCUGCAGCUGUGUGCUGCGCUGGUGAAAAGUCGCACGAAGAGUGCACCAGUUAAAAUUGCGUGCGGUGUGUCCCAUCCUUGGCCCCCUUGAAAGUUCUACAAAAGCACCCUCUCUUGUUGGCGUACAAAAUUUAGACGGCACUUUGUGACCACUUUCAAAAACCCUACGUGAUUCUCUGUGCCUACCUAUCUAUAAUAGCUCCAUGGAGAGACACACCGCGUGCGUGUAAUGGUUCGUGCAAGUACAUGUAUUGCUUGAGAUGCGCACAAAUUAUUUUACUACGAGUGCACCUAAGCCCAUAGCGUCUUUGCGUGACCAUCAGGCGCCAUCAGCAAUGCAUUCGAAGGUCCCAGCCAGCGCCCCCCCCCCCCCAACUCUCCCUUUGUAACUGGUAACCGUUGAGUCCAGAAGUCCAGGCCCCAAUUUCUUGGCUCUGCUUACCGUUAGCGAAAAAUCCUUGCUUACUAGUAGCAGAAAAUUCUGUGCUUACGGUAAGCGUAUUUCACAGGUUAGCGAGGAAUUGUGGCUUCUGCGCAUGCGUUCAUCCUGUAACUAAGAAUUCUGUGCUUACAGGGUUAGCUCAGAAUUUUUCUGCUAGCGCGGUUUGAAUAAAAUGGUGAUCGUAAGCACGGAAUUCCGUGGUUAUCAGAGCCAUGAAAUUGGGCCCAGAUGUCAUCUUUACCAAAUUUACGAAACCUCGACAUGAAAUUACUUUAAAAAAAGAUAUUGUGUGCCUUUGAAAGAAAUGUGCCUUAUCUGUAAACUGCUAAGCAUUUUGCUCAGAGGCUUCCUGACUCCAUUGAAAUAGAAUACUAUGCAGCUAACAGAUAACCUAUACAAUAGACCAAUAUCCGAGCCGCUAUCACUGUAUAUUCAGUAGGCCCCCUUCAAUGGCAAGCGAGAGCAUUGCCAGCUAUUGUUCAGAUAAUCCACCAUGGGGUCAUUGCUUUGUACAAUAACUGGCCAGUGGCGCAACCAAAGGGGGAGAAGCCCGGGGGCUUGAGCCCCCCCCCCCCCCCCCCCCCCCCGAGGAUUUUUUUGGGGGUCAAUUUUUUUUUAGUCCCACGAUUUGACCGUGGUGAUAUGAAUGUGGCUUGUUUUCGAGUAGUACUGUGGGGGUGUGAAUGGCGCCGCCAACGUCAAAAUAGUCAGGUCCCCCCCCCCCCCAAAAAAAACCCAACAAAUUAGUUUUCUGCAACAUUUUUUGAACAAAUUCAAACUUCAAAAAAAAAAAAUUGAAAACAAAAUUGUGAGGCCCCCCCCCCCCCCCACGGAAGCCAAAUCUUGGGUGCGCCACUGUAACUGGCACUACUAGUUUGGUCAUUGAAGGCGCUUCCGUAAGAGAACAUUGAUAUCGUGCUUGGGUUAACAUGGUUAAGAUUAGGCCUGGGCGAGUCGUGGAUUUUCCUACUCGAGUACUUGCACAGAAAUUACACACGAGCAUGACGAGUAGUCAAGUACUCAUGAGUAGUUUACUAAAUUCCCAUAAAAACAGAAAAAAAUAGCAUAAACAUUACUAAGAAGGAAGUAGCAAAUAAACAGCCUGCAAGACACGCCACAUUCUUCAGCACUGAGAUAUCCCUACUAUGCAGCAUAUUGGCUCAUUUUACUUGAAAAUGUAUUUGUUGAGAGUGCUAGUGGAAUCCCAAGGAAACAGAUGGAGGCAGUGACUCCUUUAUUGCGGUGGACGACGUAUUAAGACAAAAGACAAGUUUGGUGCAGAAACUGCAAAGUGGUAAAUUUGUUCUAAGUCAGCACUUGUAAAAAAAAAAAGUACCUACAUCUACUCACGCAAAGACAAGUACUCGAGUAGAUGAAAAACCACAAGUAGAACAAUAAGUAGCAAACACUACUCGGGAGUACUCCGGAGUACUUGGGUACUCGGGAUACUCGCCCAGCACUAGUUAAGAUACUUCAAGUUAUGGUGCUUUAACCCUUCAUGCGUCGAUCAUGUACAUAAUAUAGGACAGACAGUUGAACAUGUAUACUUAUAGGCUUGUACAUGUACAGUAUUUUUUUCUUAACAGAAAUUUAUAAAGUUCUUAUUGCUAUGCAGUUUUUAACAGUACUUGAUAGAUAUUUUGAUACAUUUUUGACACGACUGGUGAAUAAAGUACAUGAAAUAUGGACCAAAGUUGCAUGCAGUGUACUACGUACUUUUAUACCGUGUUUGUUAAUGAAUGGUUUGUUAACAUGUGAAGAAAAAUAAUGUAAAUUCUAAAUUUACAUUAUUUACAUUACAGGUCCUAAAUUUUGUGGGGUUUUUGGUUUUUUUGCUAAAAAAGUUUGAUUCUAGUUCCUGGAUGACAAAAUUUGUGA